CUCCCAGCGCUCCGCGGCGCGGCCCCGCGGCGGCCGAGGAAACGAAAGCGGCCGCCCCGGGAGCCGACUUCACCUUGGGGCUGCAGCAUGAACGGCAGCGUGGCGGCCGGCGGCGGCCUUACCGAGGAGGUGAUCAGGCUCACCCGGAGACCCUCGGGGCUUGGCUUCAACAUUGUUGGUGGGACAGAUCAGCAGUACGUUUCCAAUGACAGCAGCAUCUAUGUCAGCCGGAUCAAAAAGGAUGGGGCAGCUUACCUUGAUGGCCGAUUACAAGAAGGAGAUAAAAUUUUAGCGAUCAAUGGCAGAGACUUGAAGGAUUUGCGGCACAUGGAUGCUGUGGAACUGUUCAGAAAUGCAGGCUAUGAUGUGUCUCUGAAAAUUCAGCGCAGGUUGCAGCCACAAAAUGGCCCCGUGGGUCAUCGAGGUGAUGGAGACUCAGGUGGGCUUCCUCUAGCAGCCGUUCUGGUGCCAGGCCUGGCGCUCGCUGCGGCAGCACUCUGGAUCUUGCUGAGGUAUCGACAGCGGAUGUGAAGAGUUCACACUUUGGAUAUCACUGCGUAUUUUACACAGCUAUGAUGUAAUUUAAAGAUAGAGAAUUAACGAUCUUAUCACAGACUGAUGCCAAAAAGGAUCAUUGUCUAUCAUAAAGCUGCUGCUGGUGUUCUUUAUAUACUGAUUUUGUUGCAGGGUGGAUGGAAGCAGAGACGAACAGGGAAAGGGAGAUGGCUGUGUUCACGUAUAGAGGGGAUUGGUGUUUUUUGAGAAAUUUUUAGCCAUCCCCCUCUUUUUUGCACCAUGAACUUUCAAACACGCUCAUCUAUUCCAUGUUUUAAGAUGUGACUCUUUAUAAAGAGGUUAGGGGGGUGGGUCGGGUGGUUUUAAAUCACAAACCUUUACUAAAGGCUUUGCCUUGUUCCCACUGAAUUUUUCUUGAAAGUAAUGAACCCUACCUAAACCACGAAUAAAGAGAAGCAAUGAAGAGGGUAUAUUAUUUUUCUUUGUUGAUUUUUUUUUUCGGUUGUACUAAAUAAAUGCCUUAAGAACAAUGUAUAAAAUCUAAUCUGUGGUUUCACAGGUAAAAUCAUCACUGUAGCUGCUGAUUUAACACUAAUAUGCAGUAUUGGUGAGGUGUCCUACCAGUUCUAGAAAGGUAGAAGAUAGCCUGCUGCUAGAAAAAGACUCUGAUUGUCAGAAUGGCUGCUCAUUCUUGAGUAAGAGUUAUAAGAGGAUGAUUUCCACAAAAUGCCAGCGUAGCAGAGAGAAAUGGGCAGACAACUGAAUCACAAGGAUAAGUAAUGGCAAGAGAUUUGGUCACGCUGAAGCUGCAGAAGAGUCUUUAAAGUAGUAAUGAAGCACUAGCCCUUCCAUCCAUCAAGCUGGGUGAAGUCUGCAUUUCCAGGUAAAAGGUCUCUGUUAUGGGUUGUUUUUUGUGGGGGAAAUACUUUAGAAAGUCUUCUGUAGCUAACGUGCUUUCUACAGACAGAAAAUCUUACAAUGAUUAAAAGAGGGAAAGCUGAGAGCAGUCUGGGAUUGUCCUGGCUAUUGCUUGUUUGUGAAGACUGAUGUGAUGUUCAGGAGAUAGGCUGGCAGGCAUCAAGGCAGGGUAGGGUUUAGAGAAUGCAGGGGCUGAAGGGGCAGAUCCUUACUCUGGAAAGCUUGUUGCUGAAUUUAUGUGCAGGGCCUCAUCUCCUCACUGUGAUUCGAAUGGCUUCAGAUACCCCAGCUGACCCAAACUCUGUGGGGUAAGACCUGUUUCUCUUGUCUCCAAGAAAGAAUGUAUUUUUUGUUGUUUUUGUAAAAGAAAAGCACAAUGCAUGGUCUGGUCUGUAAGAUGCCAAAAAAAA